AUGAAUGUGCCUGUGUUCUCUUUUCUUCCUCAAGUUAUUUGCCAGCAGAAUGACUAAGGAGGGAAUUUUUGUGAUCCCAGCAUAUUUAAUCCUGCUAGCGCUCUUUGUAAGGAGUUGAAGAUCAGCGCGAGUUGCUUAUCAAGGCCACGCUCAGAGCAAGUUGAACAGACACAGGUACCAGGAGGCAGGCAAAACUCACCAGCCGGCAGUCAUGGAAGAUCAGGGCUUUACCAAUGUUUAUCAAAACGUUAACAACAACAAUAUCAAUGAGAUUCCAGACUCUGAGGAAGACAAAGAGGAUAAUCUUUUUGAUGAUGUCCAUGAAGAGCCAGUAUCUCCUUCUUCCAUCACUACUAUCCCAGAGAGCAUGGACAGUGAUCAAGAGAGCUCAGAAGAUAGCUGUAGUAAUUCUGUGGCCUCUCAGCAUGGGGCUGAUGGGGAGGAUAGUUCUUCAUCUCACCAUGGUGCUGAAGAAGACCACCCAUACCAGGAGAUGGAUCUGAUGAGCCCAGCUCUGGAAGAUAAACAUGGAGAGGGCAUGAUGUUUGAAAGAAACAUGCAUUUUCCUCCGAAUUUCCAGUUGCGGCGGAGCCAGAGCACUUCUUCCAACUCUUCGACUUCCCUCAGGUUCCCCCUUAACAAUAACUUUGGAGAAACUGACAACUUUCAGGAAGAAUAUGACAUUUUCCUGUUUGUAAAGGCUGGUAUAGAUGGAGAAAGCAUUGGGAACUGCCCAUUCUCCCAGCGUCUCUUCAUGAUCCUGUGGCUCAAAGGAGUUGUGUUCAACGUCACCACUGUUGACCUGAAAAGAAAGCCAGCUGACCUACACAAUCUGGCUCCUGGGACCCACCCACCUUUCUUGACUUUUAAUGGAGAAGUUAAGACAGAUGUUAACAAGAUUGAGGAAUUCUUGGAAGAGAUUCUUGCACCUCCAAAGUACCCCAAGCUGGCUGCUAAACACCGGGAAUCAAACACUGCUGGAAUCGAUAUCUUCUCCAAAUUUUCUGCAUACAUCAAAAAUACCAAACAGCAGGAUAAUGCUGCCCUUGAAAGAGGCUUGGUGAAGGCUCUGAAGAAGCUGGAUGACUACCUGAGAACCCCUCUGCCAGAGGAGAUUGAUGCAAACAGCACUGAAGAAGAGAAAGUGUCUAAACGCAAGUUUCUGGAUGGAGAUGACCUGACUCUUGCUGACUGCAACCUUCUGCCCAAACUCCAUGUUGUCAAGAUCGUUGCAAAGAAAUACCGCAACUUUGAGUUCCCGACGGAGAUGACGGGGUUGUGGCGGUACCUGAAGAACGCGUAUGCCAGGGAUGAAUUCACCAACACCUGUGCGGCAGACAAAGAAAUUGAGCAAGCCUACGCAGACGUGGCCAAGCGGCUCAGCAAGUCCUAACUGACCUCAGCGGUGGCUCAGUAUCCGCUUUUACAGACUCUUCUCCUUGUUGCCUUAAGAUAUAUUUUAUCAUUAUGCUGUCUGGUUGGCAUCUCUAUGACUUCACCUGUUCAAGUGUAUUGGUCAGGGACAAAUCUGCUUCUCCCUGGAGAAAAGAGAAGGCAGCUCUAGUGUGGGGGCUGGAGACCCUUUGAAAUCUGAACCUAAGAUCCAGCUCAGCUAAUAUUAUUUCUAAUCAGUAUUGGAAAUAAGUCUACUUUACUAGUUUCUUGUUUCAUGGUGGAGGUAUAUAACCACCUGUAUUCUAUGGAAUUUUUAAAAUCACAUAUUAACUGAAAUUUCAAGUAAGCGAGUUAGGAACACAUAGAACUGAUUCUUCUGCAGGUUAUUUCAAAGACGCUUUUUCCCCCAGUGCUAUUGAGAUCCUUGAGGCAGGAGCAAAAUAUGAGAGAGAGAGAGGGGAAAAAAAAUAGUUUGACCCUAAUGAAGAGAUGCUCUUAGCAGUUAUAUUUAAAAAACUCUCUGAAUGCAUAUUCUGUCUUAGCAGGCCCAAGAGUUUAUAGAGUAUUUAUUUUUAACUUGGCGCAAGAGGGGGAAGCCUGAGUGAAUAUGUCAGACUUGCAGAUGCUACUUUGCAUAAAAUUUGCAUGAUGCUGUUGGAUCUGAAUGUUUAAAACGAAGGAGAGUGAAUGCGCAAUUGAGCAGGCCGCCCUUGGAAGAGUGGGGUAGUGCCAAAAUGCCCAGUGGAUCUGCUAGUUGGUAGAGACACGCAGACGUUAGCAAUAAUGGCGGCAGCAUAUUGACUCCCGCGAGUAGAGGUGAUUGGCACAGCUAACCAAACCACGUAGGAUAUUGUCGUCUUGACUGUAGGGUUGCCAGUUCUUUUAUAAUUACUCUCUUGGGAAACUUGGACAGGCAGGAGAAAGCUGUCGUUGCACACAAAUUCCAGGCAGGGGAAGAGCUUUCUUCACGUUGGGCUCCAGAUGGGUCACUUUCAAGCACUCAUCAUCUCACCCCAGGAGAAGUUUGCUCUGAGAGCCUCAAAGAGGGCAGGAUAAAACAGACAGGCACAUUUCCAGACAGAUAUUUCAGCAAAUAUGCUAGCAGAAAUCCCUGUGUGAUGCCUUAGUCCCGCUCCUCCAGGGUUUACCGAUCCAGAUUAUACGAUUCUGAAUCAGGAUUGUUUUCUAAAACUGAUUAUUUUGUUCUAUCUGUAGCCUCUGCCUGAGACAAUCUGCUUUAUACUAGUGAUUAUUUGCACAUUACUUUAGCAAAUUCAAAAUGACAGCUCUUUUGCAUGAAACUCACUGUACAACAGUGCACAUUGCUCUUGAUUUUCAGUUUGGGGGGAUUUAUCAUUGUUUUCAAGGAUAAAAUAAAGCUGAGCUGUAACCCAAUGUGGCUCCCCUUCUGAUCAGAGCUGCAGAAAGCUGCACUGAUUUGAGGAGAACCCCAAGCUGGUGAGCUGUGACCAAGGGGGACCUUGCAGCAAGCUCGUUUGCAGCCAGAGAGCUGGAAGACUGGAGACAGCAUCGAAAGCCAGCCUCUGCCGUGUGAUGCUGAUGACAAUCUGAAGCCAUCCUGUUGCUUUGGUGUGAUUAUUCCACUGUUCAGACAAACCCAGCUGGGAGCAGAAUGUUACUUGUUGACUGUGAAGAUAGUUUGUGGUUGACUAUUGUUUCACAUGCAAUGGUCAAUUUGUUCUGAACUUUCCAAAGCCUUAGAAGAAAAUCCAUGAACUCCCAAGUGUUCCCCUAGAAUGGGCUAUUUUAACAAUGGCUAGACUGGAGGGCAAAGGCUCGCACUCUUUAAAAUAUUGCUGAGAAAUCAGCUGGCUCAGAGAACACUAGUAGCAGCCAGAAAAAAUCUAAUGAGAUUAGAAGUGUCUGCACAAGCACAUGUGGCUUGUUAAAAACAUUUCUUCAUGAGAUUGGAAUUAUUUGUGAUUUUUUUUUUUUUUAAAUUAAGGCAAUUAUUUAUUUAUUUAUUUUAAUUGACUCAGUCCUUUCCAUCUGUCUUUCUCGUUUUGUUUUCACUCAGCAUGCUGGUCAAGAUGGCUCUGUCUGUUUUGAAAAGUAUUAGCAAUGCUCUGCAAAUUCAUUUCUAAUGAAAAGUCUUCUAUCUAAUUAAUGGUCACUGGGACUUUUUAACUUUCAGUAUGAUUUGGCUAGGAGCAUACCGAUCAACAGAAUCUACAUUUUUCUUAGUUGUCUUUUUCCAGGUUUGUACUUCAAUUAGUGGGUUUGCUUAAUCACAGUUGCAGUGGAUCUUUGAAUGAAGGCACAGAGGCAGAUGCAGGUUCUUGCUCUGUGCUUAUUAUGUUUAGCUCCUUAAAGAAGAUUGUCCAAACAUGCAGCAGAUCUCAGGCAGAGUAAGUGAACCAGUUUCAGGGUCUCUCCGGAUUUCUUCUGUCUCUGUGAAUCUUCACCAAUUUGCUGAAUCAUGUGGUUCUGAAAUGUUGUAAUAUGUCUUACUUUUGCUAGAAAAGGGCCAAAACACAGUUGAUCUCAGUGACUUCAAAUUGCAUCUGUUUUUAAAAAAAUUAUGUUUAAAAAUGGUUCCGCUUAUACCAAAAAGAAAACAAGCUUUUUGUAAGAUGAUUUGCAUGUUCUUAAAAUCUUUUUAGGAUUUCAUUAUAAAACCUGAAAAUCCCCAAGGCACCUUCCUUUUAAUUAAUAAUAAAAAAAUCUUAAAUAUCUUCAUCUUUCUAACAACACUCCCAAAAAAUUUCAAUAUAAUGUACUGAUGGAUAUGAGAAAGAAUAAGAGGAAAAUUAAACAGUUUUCAACUACCGCA